UUAGUUAUUUGCAUAUCGUUUACAUGAAUUCAUACAACAUUGACUUUAUCUGUAUUCCUGGCGGUGUCCCUGUCCCUGGUGACGCAUCUUUACACGCUUGCAGGCUCUUCCGGUGGCGGUGCUGGCGGCAACGCGACCGGCCCGGUGUACCUGGCGCGCGGCGGCCGGCCCUGGCUGCCCUCCGUGGCGCUGACCCUGGAGGGCCAGCAGCAGCAGCAGCAGCACGGCUCGUACCGGCGGCCGCGGCGCGGCGUCUUCAACCUGUACUCCAUGGUGCAGUGCGCCACCGGCUGCGACCCGCUGCGCUACAAGGGCUACGGCUGCUACUGCGGCUUCCUCGGCUCCGGCUACCCCGUAGACCCCAUCGACAAGUGCUGCAAGAUGCACGACUGGUGCUACAACGUGGCCGACUGCCCCGUCUUCCUCGAGUACUUCGUGCCCUACUACUGGCAGUGCUUCUACACGACGCCCGUCUGCGCCCUGGAGCACGGCUACUGGGGCAGGUGCGCCCAGCGGCUGUGUGACUGCGACCGCCGGCUAGCGGAGUGCCUCAGGAACUUCCCGUGUCCACGGGGCAAGGCCGUCUGCACCUCCUCCACGUUCCGCUACCUGCAGAACGUCAUCCUGGGGUAGUGGCACGCCUGGAGCACAGCCACUGGAGCAGAUGGCAAUGUGACUGCUGUCGCCGCCUGGCAGCGUGCCUCGGAAACUUCCUGUGCUCACAGGAGAAUUAGCAUCUUCUUGUCUGGCACCAGCGGCAGACAUCAUUCUUCCAUGUUGGCAGCCUUGAACCACAGCUACUGGGGCGGGCUGCCAAACGACCGUGUGAAGCUACCGUCGCCUGGUGAAGUGUCUCGGGAAUUUCCUGCGGUAAUGACUCAAGUCCUGGUUCACGUAUUUCAUCAUCCAGUACCUGCAGAACAUCAUCCUGAUGUAGUGACAGCCCAGGAGCACAGCCACUGGAGCAAGUGUUCGAGACGACAGUGUGACCGUGAUCACUGCCUGGUGAACUGCUUCAGAGACUUCCCAUACACAAAGAACGAUAUCCAUCAGCAUGGGACUGAUGACCGUGUAGUUUGGUCCCUUCCCCCCUCUUUAAACCAAACAACCAUUGGCACCUCUUAUAUUGUAUACAACCUGCAGACAUCAUCCUUCCGUGUUGGCAGCCUUGAAGUGAGGCUACAGGGACAGGCUUCAGAUUGUGUUCUGUGACCACCACUUGGUGGAGUGCACCAGAAACCUUCUGUGCCCAUGGGGCAGGGCUGUCUGCAUGUCCUUCACCAAACGAUUCUGUGAGUGUGGUCGCCACCAGGAAGGAGUGCCUCAAGAAAGCCAAAACGAGAAUUGCCAUUUCCAUGUCUUGCGCCUUCUGCUACCUGCAGAAUGAUAGGUGCCAGCCAUGGAGCGCAGCUGCUGGGUACACAUGUUGAAUAAUUGUGUGAUUGUGACUGCCAUAUAGUGGAGUGUGCGAGAAACUAUUCAUGUACGCAGGACAAGGCAGUCUGUAUGUCUUCCUCCUGCUGCUAUCUCCAAAUAUCAUCCUUCUAUAGGCAUACUGUGCAAGUAUGAAGUGUGUGUGUGUGUGUGUGUGUGUGUGUGUGUGUGUGUGUGUGUGU